AUGUCUUCAGAAAUAAAAGUGACUGUUUCAAUGGUUCUGGCUUCGACAGAAAGCAUGAUUAGCAUUUUUGACAAUUUAGAUAGAAGUUUAAUUACAGAUACAGGAAAGAAACUGGCAAAUAAAAUAAUAACGGAAUUUCAAGGUAGAUUUAAAAAUUAUUACAGGCACCCAGUUUUAUCUAAAGCAGCACUGCUAGACCCCCGUUUUAAGAAGCUGGCAUUUAGAUUUGAUGCAUUAAGUUACAAGUCUGCCAAAGAUGCAUUGAAAACUGAGCUGCAAAACGAAUUCAAUUCUCAUCAAGAAUCAACAGAACCCACAGAAAAUGAAUCGACAUUAGCUAUAUCUACUGGUGACACCGAUAUCGAUAACGACUGUAUAUGGAAAGAUUUUGACGCAUUGGCAACGUCAGCGUCUGCUACGAACUGUACGAACUCAGUUAGUAGCAGCACAAUUACAAUGAGACAAUAUCUAGAAGAACGCAUUAUUCCUCGAAACGAGUGUCCUUUAAAAUGGUGGCAGGCACGGGCAAUUCUAUACCCCGAACUCUCAAACUUGGCCGAGAAAUAUUUAUCUGUGAUGGCUACCUCAGUACCAUCUGAAAGAACUUUUUCCAAAUCGGGCCAAAUAUUAAGUGAAAGGCGCAGCUCUAUUCAGCCAAAGCGAAUGGAAAAGAUUUUAUUUUUAAAUAUGAACCAGAGAUUCCUACCAUAA